AUGAGGACUGAUUACAAGCAUGAACGUAGUCUUUCGGUUCUUGAAAUAAAGGCAACAAGAUAUAUUUUCAUCGCCCCUCCAUUGCUUAAUCUUCCACACAUAGUUACCUCUUGCCAUUUCACUAAAAAAUAUUCAGUAUAUGUAUUCAAUAACCUCCCACCUCAAUCUUUACUGAUGUUGCAUUGUGCAUCUAAAGAUGAUGAUCUUGGAAAUCAUACUCUUACUUAUAGCCGAGAAUUUGAUUGGGAGUUUUGUGAUAGCUUAUUUGGAAAUACAUUGUUUUUCUGCACUCUUGGAUGGGGUUCAAAGAAGCAAUCUUUCGAUGUUUUUAAUUCAAAAUGGGGAAAACGCGAGUGUGAUGGUGGUGCUUCCUUUUGGCUAGCCAAAAGUGAUGGCAUUUAUUUUCAGAAUUUGAACGAGCAAGCGUUCAAAAAAUACGAUUGGCAAUAA